AUGGCAAACAAAUCCCUCACCGGACUCGAGAGUCUCAUAAAGCUUCUCCCAACAGGAACACUCUUCAUCUACCUAUUACUCAACCCUGUCCUCACAAACGACGACGAAUGCUCCACAGCCAAUAAGAUCAUGUCAAGCAUUCUCGUCGCUCUUUGCAGCUUCUCAUGUGUGUUUUCAUGUUUCACCGAUAGUUUCAAAAGCACCGAUGGUUCAAGAAAGUAUGGUAUAGUUACUAAGAAGGGUCUUUGGACUUACGCGGAUCCAGGAUCCGUGGAUUUGUCUAAGUACAAGCUUAGGAUUGCGGAUUUUGUUCACGCGGUUUUCGUGGUGGCUGUGUUUGGAACACUGGUGUUGCUUGACGCUAAUACAGCAAGCUGCUUUUAUCCACGGUUUAGAGAAACGCAGAAGACUUUGGUCAUGGCUUUGCCUCCAGCUGUAGGCGUUGCCUCGGCCGCUAUCUUCGCUAUAUUUCCGAGCAAGCGGAAUGGAAUCGGGUACGCUCCAGCUGGUGAGGAGGAGGAGGAGACUAAGAAGGAUUCUGGUGCUGCAUGAGACGUGUUGCUUAUGCUGUUUCUAAAUUGUUGUGAUCUUGGUUAAGAUUUGUUGUAGAACAUAAACUAAAGAAAACGAUUGUAUGCUUAAAACAUUUAUUUGGCUCUUUGUAACAACCACUGUAUAUUGUAAUUUGUA